UACCAGCAGCCUGUCAAUCACUUCACUGCGUCAGUUUCUCUUCGCAAGCAGUAUUAUCGUGUUUUAUACUUUGAUGGAUUUUUGAAUGAGAAUUAAUUGAUCUUACCUAAUAAUGGGUGCCAUAUAUAAAUUAAGGAGAUUAAUUUAAUCCUCGAAAUUACAAAUGGCUGCGGAAUCGCUUCUGAAAACGGGCAAGCAUUCGAAAUAUACAUCGUAUAGAAAAAUCUUGUAUCAUAGGUUCUUCGUCGGCCUACUCUUGUUUAUAGUGGUAUCUUUAGUGUUUACUGUGGUGUUUAAUACGUUUACUGGUAGUGCGGCGCGGAUAGAUGUGUAUCAAGCUGUGAAUUUGGACUCGACAAGUUUUGAAGUGGUUAAAAUCAGCAGUAGUGCUCUGGAGGCGCAUCCUCGUGUCUCCAACUGCACGUACUGGGACUGCGUCGAUGUCUACAGAUGUGGGAAAGGCGGACACAACAAGAUAACAAUAUACAUAUAUCCAGUAAAAGACUAUCAGACUGAAAAUGGGAAUUCUAUAUCAAGAUUUUCUAAAGAAUUUUAUAUGAUAUUAGAUACUAUAAAACGUAGUAAAUAUUACACGCCUGACCCGGAGGAGGCGUGCCUGUUAGUACCUAGCAUAGAUACUUUGAAUCAACAUAGUUUCUCAAGUAAACAUGUCGCACAAGUGCUGCAGUCUUUGCCAUAUUGGAACCACGGUGAAAACCACCUUAUAUUCAACAUGCUGCCAGGGUCCGCACCCAAUUAUAACUCCGUGGUGGACCUUAACACCAGCCGAGCCAUUAUAGCAGGAGCUGGAUUCAACACAUGGACAUUUAGAUACAAUUUUGACGUAUCAAUACCCGUGUACAGUGCUGUCGCAGAGACAAUCGACAGCACACAACCAGAACAAAAGAAGUACCUUAUAAUAUCAACGCAGCUCAAUAUACCACACGAUUAUUUAGAAGAAUUACAGAACAUUGCGUCUUCGUCCAAUGAUCUCUUGUUGUUGGACCGAUGUAAGACUGACAAAACAGAUCACAGUAAGCGGUGUGAGUACACCACGGGUAGACAGUUUGACUACCCCAACGUCCUGAAGGAUGGGAUGUUCUGUUUAGUUGUAAGAAGUGCGAGGUUGAUGCAAGCUGUGCUGAUGGAUAUUCUUGCUUCUCAGUGUAUACCAGUAGUGAUUGCGGACUCAGUAGUGAUGCCAUUUAGUUCACAUGUUGAUUGGAAUAAACUAGUACUGUUUGUACCGGAAGAUAAUAUAAAGAAUUUAGUUAAAAUUGUGCAUUCAGUGAGCAAAGAGCGCCGUGGAGAGCUCUACUGGCAGCUAAGAUGGGCAUUUGAUAGAUAUUUUGCUAGCAUAGAGAAGAUAACAUUGACUGCUUUAGAGAUAAUUAAUGAGAAAGUGUUUGCGUUGGCCGCCAGGACGUACGAAGAGUGGAACAUGCCUGAACACUUGUACGGUCCAGUGAAUCCACUCUUCUUGCCGGUGACCGCGUCUAAAGCGGCCGGCUUCACCGCGGUCAUACUGACGUACGACCGGGUAGACAGCCUGUUCGCGCUGGUGUCCAAACUGGUGCGGACGCCGAGCCUAGCCAAGAUACUAGUCGUUUGGAAUAAUCAGAAAAAGGCGCCGCCUCCUU